AUGGAGGACGAAUGUUCAAGCAAGCCGGAAAGCCCACCUCGACCUUCUUAUGGAUAUCGGGCGCAGCCUCAAAGAUCGAGUGCUGCAAAGUCACAGUACGUGGAGGACUACGAGGUUAAAGAACUCUACAGUCGAGAAGAACAGCAAAGUGGUAAACAACGUAGUGGGAAGGGAGGCUCAAGAUAUUCUCCAAUAACUGCCAAGGAACCAAAAAUAAGGAUUUCAGAUUCUGCACCAGGACCUCCGGACAGGACUACAGAGAGCCAAAUGAGAGGCGCCAGAAAAGACGGCGACGUCCGCCGGAAACUUUCUAACGCAGAAACAAGCCAAUCUGAAGAGAGUUUUGAUCUUGACGAUGUGAGAACAACUUUGAAAACCCAAGAGAAAACUCGAACGAAGGAAAACAACCUUCACAUGGACCGUAAGGACAAAACAGGAGCGCAGGAAGGCAUAGCAAGUCAAGAUAAGCACAAGAGAAAUAGAGAUGACGAAAAGAGGAAAAGAGAAACGGAAAUGAAAAAACCUGAGAAAGCCCGUAAGGACAAGAACGGAACGUCUCGAAAGCCUUCCACAGGUGGUACCGAAAGAAGGGCUGAGAAAGGAGAGUAUCACGGGAAAGAAACACCGGAUAUGGCAACAAUCUACAACAAGGAUAUUGAAGACCACCGAAAGAAACGUUCAAAGGGAAAACGAGAUCAGACGACCAACAAGAAGAAACAUCGACGGGAGGGGAUUUCUGAAACGCAAAAUGGUUCACACGAAAUUGGUGGUGGUGCCGACGCACCUCAAAAGAAGUCACGCGGCAGGGAGCUCAGAGGUAACAAGACGCCUAAAGAGGUCGAAGACACACCAGAGGUCUCGGAAGGUCCUUUGGAAACGCGGUAUGAGGAUGACCGUUCGUCAAGGAAGCAGUCGAAGCCAAACCAAGAGAAAACUUCGCAUGACGGAAUGCCAAGAAAAGAAAGCGUCUCGGAGAGUACCCGCUCGGAGACGAGCAGGACUACUGAAUUACCUUUAAACAAGCAAUCAAAGAAAAAUGGCAGGAGGUCCACACUCGCCAAGAAGGAUACAGGCAGCGAUGAACCUUUCGAUACUCGUUCUUUGGCAAACUCGAAUGUGCCUACGAGGAAAACGCAACCAGAUUCGCCUGUAGAACGCAGUCCUCAGCACACUUUCUUCGAUGAUACCUCGAGUGCUCCUGCUAAAUUCACAGCGAGUAAAGAGCCAUUUGUGAAAAAGGAUGAGCCCCAAACCUCGCUGCCCGCAGAGAAGCAGGAGCAUGCACAAAGACUCAAGCAGAACCAGGAAGGCAAGCCAUAA